AUGAAUUCUCCUGCUCCCAUCUCCCGCAACGAGUCGCACACCUCCAGUCGUCGGAGUACCAGCCUUGGAUCUCGUCUCUUUCGAUCAAAGAGUGGAGAGGCUCUCGGUGACCGCAAAAGCUCCAGCGGCCGAUUGAAGAAGAAACAUGGCGAGAUGGAGGAAUCUGUGAAAGUCACCCAGUCUCCGCCACGCCUUCCAGGCUACACCCCGCAACCUCUCGGCAUCCAGACCUUCGGUGGUGACAAUAACAUUCCGCACUCUGCUUCUGCAGGGCACACAAAUGGCACAGGACAUACUCCUCCAGUGCCACCUUUGCCUGAACAAAAAGAAAAGGAAGUCGUCGAUCCGUACGCUCGGACUGAGAGCAUGACCCACCGUGGGCGGUAUUCCUACGCAACCUCAACCAUCUCUAGCAUCAACUCCCCUCGCAGAGUCCGACGUCGUAAGGACCCAACCCCGUACAAUGUCUUGAUCAUCGGCGCCCGCAACUCCGGCAAAACAUCGUUUCUCAAUUUCCUCGAAAGAACUUUAGCUCUGCCUCCACAAAAGCGAGCGCAUCGAGCCUCCGAGGGCGAGACUCCUCCGUCGUCGGCGAGAGCGAAUCCUAACUUUGUGCGCCAUUACCAAGAAAUUGAAGUCGAUAACGAACGUGUCGGGUUGACAUUAUGGGACUCGCAAGGUCUGGACAAAGGCGUUGUCGACCUCCAAUUGAGGGAUAUGAGCAAUUUUGUAGAAAGCAAGUUUGACGACACGUUCAUUGAAGAGAUGAAGGUGGUUCGUGCCCCCGGGUCCAGAGAUACACACAUCCACUGUGUCUUCUUGAUCUUGGAUCCAUCCAGACUCGAUGCCAAUAUCAACGCUUUGCAGGGAGGCAGCAACGGAGUUGACACCGUCCAAAUUGGCAAGCCUGUUCGAAUUGUCGGCGCGCUCGAUGAGGAUUUCGACAUUCAAGUGAUGAGAACCCUUUCCAGCAAGACUACGGUGAUACCGGUCAUCAGCAAAGCAGACACAAUCACGACCGCUCACAUGUCAUAUCUCAAACACAAAGUCGGCCAAAGCCUGAGGAAAGCGGGACUUGACCCCCUCGAAGCUUUGAGUUUCGAAGCCGAAGUUUCCGAUGAUGACAGACUUGAUGAGCGUGACGAGGACGGCAACAGUAGUGUGGAUGAUUCUGACAGUGGUACGGCUUCAAGGAGUGACGAUUCCGCCGCAGACCGAUCCAUUUCAAAUAUGAAACGCCCAAUCAGUCACAAACGUCAAGCGUCCAACUUAUCCACGAUGGAUCCUACCUUUGAGAGUGGUUACGUCCCUUGGUCAAUCAUCAGUCCGGACAAAUAUUCUCUCGAUUCGAAAGAUGGACCCGUCGGUCGACAAUUCCCUUGGGGUUUCGCCAACCCUUACAACCCCGACCACUGUGACUUUGUCAAGCUGAAAGAUGCCAUCUUUGGGGAGUGGCGAUCAGAGUUGCGAGAGGCAAGCCGAGAAGUGUUCUAUGAGCGAUGGCGGACGAGUCGUCUGAAUCGUAGGGGAAUCUCGAUAAGCGGUUUGCCGUCGGCACCAAGACAAAGUACCGGUGGCAUCCCAAUUUCUCUCCAAACCCGGGUUCGUUAA